GGUCAGCGAAGGCCGAAAGGUGGCGAGUGAUCUGUAUUACCUAAUAGCCAGCAAGGAGAGCAGCAAACAAAGAUCGAUUAUCGUGGUACAACUUGAUUUUGGCGCCAGCAGCAGCGAGAGAUCGAUUGGCACUUGUUGUCAGAAGAACACGGACUCAGGAGCAAAGGGCAAGCGGCAGAGCAGCCACCACGCAAUCGUGGGACAUCUCGAACCCCUCAGCUUGCUUUCGCCGCGCAGGCAGCAGGCUGGUUCGGGUUUUGGCUGUCCGGUCCACAGCAGUGGCCCGCGGAAGCCUCUGCUGUUUUUUAAAAAAGUAGCCGGCAGCCAUCGAAGCUUUUCCGAUGGAGUUCAACGCGCUAGUCUGGGCGAAGGCUCACGAUGGGCAAUGGCACAGGGGCACCGUCAUCUCGAGGGAGGAGACCGGCAGUCUUCGCCACAUUAAGGUGGUGCUCGACGACAAGGAGGAGAAGGUAUACACGCUGACGGCUGCCCAGGCGGACGAGGGAGAGGGCACGGAGCAUCUCAAGCUGAGGAACGUCAAGGGCCAAGGCGGGGCGAGUAUCGAAGAAGGUCCGGGGGUGGAUGACCUUAUCGUGCUGACACAUCUGCACGAGCCCGCCAUCCUCUACACGCUCCACCAGCGGUACAUCGAGGACGUGAUUUACACCUACACGGGCCCCAUCCUCCUGGCCAUCAACCCCUUCUGGAGGGUACCGCUGUACACGAAUGAGAUUCUCGAACAGUACCGGCGGGAGGGUAAGGCCAAGGCCUUCGACCCGGACUACCUGUCCCGGCUCCCCCCCCACGUGUACGCCAUCGCAGACGACGCCUACCGGCUGAUGAACAACCCGACCUCGGAGAACCAGAAGAGGAAUCAGUCCAUCCUGGUGAGCGGGGAGUCCGGAGCGGGUAAGACCGAGACAACAAAGAUUGUGAUGAAGUACCUGGCCAUCCUGGGAGGGCACGAUUCGGAAGCGCUUUUGGCAGGAGACGACUCCGUCAAGUCGAUCGAACAGCAGGUAUUGCAAAGCAAUCCCAUCCUCGAGGCAUUCGGAAACGCCCGCACGGUGCGAAAUGACAACUCCUCGCGGUUCGGCAAGUUCAUCCAGAUCGACUUCGACAAGGACGGGUUCCUCAUCGGGGCGGGCAUUAGAACGUUCCUGCUGGAGAAGAUCCGGCUGGUGCACACCUCGGAGGGGGAGCGCAACUUCCACAUCUUCUACCUCAUGCUGGCCGGCACGAGCGACGAGCAGAAGGCAGCCCUCCACCUGCAGCCGGACCCGCGGGUGUACCACUACAUCAACCAGAGCAGCUGCUACGAGCGGAGGGACGGCGUGAUGGACUCGGACCUUUGGACGGAGCUCAACAAGGCCAUGAAGGUAAUGGACGUUAGCGACGAGGACAUGUCGCAGGUGUUCAAGGCCGUGGCGGGCGUGCUGAACUGCGGCAACGUCAAGUUCCGGGAUGUGCUUGACAACGACAAGACCACCGAAGUGGUGGGGGUCUUAGACGAGCAGGCGGACGCUAAGGAAUAUGCCAGGCGCGCUGCCGAGCUGCUUGGCGUGGAUCCGGUAACGCUGGUCAACGCCAUGUCCUUCCGCCGUAUCAAGGCGGGGCAUGAGUGGUUCACGGUGUACCUGGACGCCAAGAAGUGCUACCACCUGAGAGAGGCGUUGUGCAAGUCCAUCUACUCGGGAUUGUUCGACUGGCUCGUCGCCAAGGCGAGUAUCAACCACACGAUCGACAAGCAGAGGGGGAGGAACCGCGAGGAGACGAGCCCUUCCAGCCCCGGCAGUAGCUUCGCUUGGGGCCAGUCUCAGUCUCCGAAGCCCGUGUCGACGACGGCGGGGGGGAAGACCUUUAACAGCGUCGUCGGGGGCGGCGGGGCAGGCGAUGCCGUUCCAGACAAGAACAUGUUCAUUGGUCUCCUGGAUAUCUUUGGAUUCGAGUCGUUCGAGCACAACUACUUCGAGCAGUUCUUGAUCAACUACGCGAACGAGAAGCUGCAGCAGCAGUUCAACCAGUUCGUGUUCGAGGUGGAGCAGGAGGAGUACCGCAGCGAGGGCAUCAAGUGGGACUUCAUCGAGUUCCCUGACAAUAAGGACUGCAUCACCCUGAUCGAAGCCAAGCCGGCGGGCAUCCUGGCCCUCCUCGACGAGCAGUGUCUCGUGCCCAAGGGAACCGACAAGUCCUUCGCGUCCAACAUGUACAACCGCCUCACGCAGCACAAGCCGUUUAGCGUACCUCACGCCGACAAGGUGGACUACAAGUUCAUGAUUCACCACUACGCGGGCAACAUCGUGUAUCAUACGGAGGGUUUCCUCGAGAAGAAUCGCGACAUGCUUCACCAGGAGGGGACAGACCUGCUCAAGAGCUCCACGUCGGAGUUCGUCCGCAGCUUUGGUGCAAGUAUUCGCGCGGAAGGCGGAGGCGGGGGGGGGGCUGGCUCGGCGGCGCGGAGGGGGGCAGGGGGUGCCCGGCAAAGCGGUAUCGUUUCCCAGUCUGUCGGGGCUCAGUUCAAGAACCAGCUCAACAGCCUGCUCGGGGCCAUCGGGGAGACCCACCCGCACUACGUGCGCUGCCUCAAGCCAAACGACGAGAACGUGCGAUCGCAGUUCGACCUCGGAAGGAUCACGGCUCAGCUGGCGAACGGAGGUGUGCUGGCGGCGGUGCACGUGGCUCGGGCCGGCUUCCCCGUCCGCAUGCAGCACCUGGAGUUCGUAAAUAGAUACGGUCUUCUCGCCGUGAACAUCCUCCAGGAGGCGUGGGCGGAGGCGAAGAAGGAGUUCCCUGAUAUGGUCAGAGAACAAGAGCGGGCUGUCGCCAGGGAGAUUCUGUUCGAGGUGGUGCCGAUGCUGAGCAAGAACUCGGUGUCGAAGAAGGACAUGACCCAGUCCAAGAACACCGCUGGGGUGAGACUCGCUGGCAAGCUGUCGGGGGUGGCCCAGCAGGCUAGCUUCCGAGACCUGUGCGGGCAGGGUGGGGUGCAGAUCGGCAACACCAAGGUGUUCUUCCGACAGGUAUGCAUAGGAUACGACGGCAGCGUUUCUGGGAUGAGUAAGGCCCAGGUGCGGGGCCACCAGGCGAGACUAAAGGUGCUGGCGGUUCGCUACCUCAACGCCUGCCUCAUGGCUCAGAGGGUCGUGAGGGGCUUCGUCAAGCGAACUCAGUACAAGCGAACCAAGGAUGCGGCGUUGAAGGUGCAGUCGUGGGGGAGGAUGUCGGUGGUUCGGAGAAGCUACCAGAAGGACCGCUCGAGGGCAAUCACGGUGCAGUGCCUGGCGAGGACGAGGUCGGCCAAGUCAGAGCUGCGGAAACGUAAAAAGGAGAAGGAGAACGUGGAUGCCUUGCAGGCCAAGAUCAAGGCGUACGAGCAAGCGGCGAAGGCGAGGGAGGCGGAGUUACGGCGGGAGCAGGAGGCGGCUAUCGCUCGGAUCAAGGCGGAAGCGGAGGCGACGGCCAGGGCGGAGAUGCGGGAGAAGGCGCGGCUGGAGGAGGAGCGGAGGGGACGAGUCGAGCACGAGGCGAAAGUCAGGGCUCAGGUG